CGCGGCCGUGGGCGCCACGCCUGCGCCGGCCGCCGCCGGGCCCCCUGCCGCCGACGCCGUCUUCACGCUGGAGGAGGUGGCCCGGCACUGCCACAGGACUGACUGCUGGCUGAUCGUGCACGGGCGGGUGCUCGACGUCACCGGGUUCCUCGAGGAGCACCCGGGCGGCGCGCUGCCGCUCAUGGCCUACGCGGGCAAGGACGCGUCGGAGGACUUCGACCUCGUCCACCCGCCGGGCGUCAUCGACCGCUACGCCCGGAGCACCGUGAUAGGCCGGGUCGGGGCCCAGGAGCCGCAGAGCCCGCGCGCGCCGUCCAAGGCGGGGCGAUCGACGCUGCCUGCGAUCACGUGCUGCCCGUGCUGCAGGCGCGGCCCUGGAGCGAAGGAGAGACCAUCAUCAUCAUCAUCAUCAUCAUCAU